AUGCUGCUCCGUCGUCAGCGUCGAGAUGGCGAAUCCGUUGUUGCGGCAGAUGAAAAUCACGGGGCAAUCGCGGACGGCAGCGAGAUUGAGAGCACCCUUUCCCACUCGACGACCUUGUCCCGAGUUGAGACUCAAGGAUUGACUCUCACUCUCGACCAUACCGCAGGUGGCGGGGUCAGCACCGGCAUGUUCGUGGUCAUAGUGCUCGGCGUGGCCUCGGGCAUCGGCGGCCUGAUCGGAACGCGGUGUACGUCUGGUGCCGCCAACGCCCAGAAGCCGUCGAGUUUAGAGCAGGUGUAUGACUGGGUGGUGUCGGAAUCAUCACUCGCUGCGCUGCACGGAAUGAGCGUGAUGGAAGAUAUCAGUAUGACGAGUCAAGGCGCCCCGUCAGCUUUCAAACCCAAGUCUCUCACCGCGGAGGAAUACCUGAUUCUUUGGUUGGGCUUGAAGCACGCUCUGGUGCUCGGUGCCUCAGCAUCGUGGCAGGACGCUCGCGAGAUCGAGGAUGAUGACAGUUAUAUCCCCCUGAAAGGUAUGAAGCACACAAUGGACGGGAAAGACUCCAUGCUCGCAACUUUUGGUACACUCACCCAGAGUCGGGAGACUAUCAAUUUGUUCAUGAAAGUUGUCUUGCACAACCAGCCGUGGCGAUAUGAUCCCUCUCUCAUGGUAAAGAAAUGGACCCCUGAACAACCCACUCCACCUCUCAAGGUCGCUAUUGAAUGGUCAAAUAGGGCAGUCAAGCCUCAUUAUCCCAUGAUCCGGGCCUUGAAGAUGGUUGCCGAAGCAUGUAAAGCUGUGGCUGGUCUGGCAUCUGCGGCCGUGAUUUUGAGAACGAAUGUUGCUUCAUGGUGA